AUGGCCGCAGCAGAUCAGGCUCCGGAAGGGGUGCACUACUACGAGACUGCCGAGGACGUGCCACAAGAGCUCGUGAAGUACUGGCACCAGCGACAGAAGAUUUUCUCCAAGUAUGAUGAAGGCGUUUGGCUGACAGACGAUGCAUGGUUCGGCGUAACACCAGAGCCUAUUGCGAAAAAGAUCGCGGAACAAGUCGCCACCGCACCUGCCUCCAAGACCAUGCUGAUCGAUGCAUUCGCUGGGGUGGGAGGCAAUGUCAUUGCUUUCGCCCUCUCAGGCCGCUGGAAACAGAUCUUCGCAGUGGAGAAAGACGCGAAGACUCUUGCGUGCGCAAAACACAAUGCCAAGAUCUACGGCGUAGACAAGAAGAUCUUCUGGAUUCACGGUGACAUCUUCGACCAGCUGAAUGGCCGCUUCAAGACCACAGGCAAGAACGCUGUCAUCUUCGGCAGUCCACCUUGGGGCGGUCCUUCGUACACGGACUGGGACGUCUUCGAUCUCUCAUACAUGGAGCCGUAUUCCCUCGAGCGCCUUCAUGACGCUGUCUCGGCAAGAUCAAAGGACUUCGUACUCUACCUUCCCAGGACGUCCGACGUACGGCAGAUCGCAAAAUAUGCUGGCCGAGAUGAGAAGCUCAAGGUCAUCCACUACUGUAUGCAUGGCUCCAGCAAGGCUUUGUGCGUCUACUAUGGGACGUUUGAGUUUGACGAGACGACAUGA